UUGUCGCUCACAGACAGAAAAAAAGCAGAAAAAAAUAAAAAAAAUAUAAAAAUUUUUACAAUAUUUUUUUAAAUACGUAUAUCUUUAUACAUAUGUACGUCUAGCUGACCUUUGGCAUUCAAGCAAAAUUUUUAACGAUUUAUUUCGAAAGUUAAACUAACCGCCAUAUUUUUGGACAAUUCACUGAUUGCCAUUGGAGUGUUUGAUCAUCAAGUGUGUAUACAGUAAUAAAGAUUUUUUCUCGCCCAAAGCCGUUAAGAUGAUUGAAGUAGCAGUUCUACCCUGGGAGAAGAUCGACUGGAGCGAUGAACGUGUGCAGAAAAUCUACCUAGAUUGGGGUAUAUUCAAUACUCACAAGCAACAGUUGGAUAUAGCGGCGAAUUACUAUGACAAAUCAUUGGCACUCAAGGCGGAUGAUGCGCGCGCAUUAUUAUAUCGCAGUUUGUGCAAGCGUGAUAUUGCACAGACCCAAGGCGCACUGGAGGAUGCGCUGGCGGCGUUGGAGGUUGAGCCCCAAAACGCAGUGAUUAAUCAGGAGAUCUGUGAGGCAUUGCACGAGCUGAAUCAGUUUGAAAAUUGUAAAUUGGAAUUGCAUAAUAAUUCACGAAAGUAUAUCGGCAGAAAGGCUUCGCGAUUCAUAAAUAAACUGAUUGUGGUCGAUGAAAACUUCAACGACACCGUCGGCGAUACAUUGAGUCCCUUCAUUUUGAGAAACGAGAAAAUUUUCGCUGAUGUUUUGGCUUAUUUGGAACGGGAGAAUUUCGUCGAUCCGCGUCCAUUAUGGAAAAUCCUAAAUGAGCAAAAUAAAUGCGAUGUGCUGAGCAUACUUGAGAAGGAGGAAGUGCUGCUCUCUCCGCGUGAGGUCGCACGACGCGAACGUGCUUUCCGGGUCUUCAAUCAAAUAUACUACAAUAAGAGUUGGAUUGAUGUACUCUUUUUGAAGAGUCUACGUGAAAAUCCCAAUUUGCUAUUGCCACAAUACAAAAUUUCUACACCAUUUCUGCGAAAUCUAGUCAAUACCAAAUACGAUGUGGUGAAAAAAUUUUUGAAAAUGCUGCAAGCACGUAGUCCGGUCUAUACUGAACAAUUGCGAAAAUGUCCGAAUAGAAAGACCUGGGAGGCUCAACGUCAAAAGCACUUGAACCAUAUACAGUAUCAGACGCGUCGUAAUAUGCUUACGAUAUUACGAACUAUACGACAAUUGCGCGCAGCAGGCAAAAUUAAACAACUCGGUAAAUAUGUCGAAGAAGUUAUGGGCGAUUAUGUUGUGUUGAAAACACAUCGUGUAAUGCCCUGGAAGUUUCAAUUCAUCAAUGAAGUCUACAAUACUUUGGCGCUCGCUUAUGCUGACAUAUUCAUGGAACCACCCGACAUGAAUGUACACUAUGAUGCGAAGAAUCGUUUAAUCAGGCUACUGAAAAUGCCAAUCGAUAAGAAUAAAGAUCGCGUUAUGAGAUUUGUUUUUGGUGACAAAUCCACCUAUCAAGAGCCAGAUGCAAUUGAUUACACACUCUUGGCCUAUAAGAAAUACUUGGCGCGCUUGGAGAAACGGAUGCAUUUCGCAAAAUACUCGAUCGAAAAGUGUUAUUUGCUGUACGAAAUCGCACAGAGCCAUUUGACGCAGAGUCGCUUCGAAGAAUGUUGUUCGGUGGCGCGCAAGGCAAUUGAGGAGACGAAGAAUUGCAACAGCUAUCUGUGGCGCUUCCUCAGCAUUCUGCUCAUUUGCAAAUCUCAUGCGGUGCUGCAUAAAGUCGAACGUGGUCGCGACGCACUCAACGAGGCUUAUGAAUGUGCCGAACGGCUGAAAUGCGACGAACUGAUGCAUUUCAUAGAUCUUUGUCGCGUUUCGGUCGAAACGGAAAUAUCUUUGAAGAAGCGCACGCAGUCUUUUGACUCGGUACGCAGACGCAAAAGUCGAUUAUCGGUUGGCGGUAGCAGUCAUAUGUCGCAAUACUCUAGCGGUUCGGCGAAUAACAAUGCAGAUGAGCGUAAUGAAGAACAAGAACAAGAGGAGCAACAAGAGCGGCAGGUGACGGCGCGAGAAUUCCAAUAAACUUCUCUUACUCGUACAUAUUCUACUGAGUGUGAGUUUUGUAAAUAUUAAAAUCGAUAAUUGUUUUA